AUUGUGCAGCAACUGGCUUUAGGUACGGUCCCACUAGAUUUUUGCUCGCCCACCUCUUAGAUGUUAGGUGGGUAGCUGCAAUUUAUACUACGAAAAUCCCAGAUAUCCAACUCGCGACCUCCGACGGGCUUUCCAUCUCGACCUCCACAGACUGCUUCUAGUUCCUCUGCUAUCUUGGGCGAGGAAAUUUGCGGUCAUCAUGGCCCCGGUGGCUCCCUCCAAGCGACGGUCGCUCCGCGCAAAGCUCACCGCCCGGUCGAAUUCGGAGCCAUACGCGCCACGCAAGGCGCCGCGUCCUGGCGCCGCCGAGACAAGCGACUCGUUCAUAAAUUCGAAGCGGGACAAGCGGCUCAUCAAGCACUCGGCCUUCAUAUCGCGCAUCGAGAAGGCGCAUAGCAGGGCGCCGAAGCGGCGGCGGCCCGGCAAGAAGCUCGUGGCCAACCUCGACUCGCUCGCCGAGGCGCUGCCGGACCUGCUGGCCGACGGCGAGACCGAGGAGGGCCUGCGGCAGCUCCGCGAGGGCAAGAUCCGGCACAAGAGCCUCCGGUCCCGGAGAGGCGCGCUCAAGAGGAAGGAGAGGAUCGUCAAGGGCGAGGUCGAGAGGUUCGGCGUCAGCCUCGCGAGGCUCAGCGCCGUCGCCUCUCAGGGUGCGAAAGCUGGGAAGAGCGGCCCGGGAGAGGAGGGCGAGGCACCGACAUCGGCGGCAGAAUCGGCUCCGGCCUCGACGGCAAACCGGUGGGCAGCGCUGAGAGGCUUCAUCUCGGCGACUAUGGAACAGAACCCCGCUUUCGUUGCGAAAUAGAGUCGCAAGCACAGCAAAGAGCAGAAAGGAGCCAUAAACGCAAGCAAGUCCUGGGUCGUCGAAAGAACUAGAGGAAUCUAGGUUAGGAUAAGACGUACCUCCACAGCGAUGCCUUAAGCCGCGCGCUCUAGGUUAACAAGACUAGAUCCGCGGCACGGUCGGAGUAGGGGCUCUGUGGUUUGGGGUUAUGUAUCUUGGCCGACCUUAAUGGUCUCUCCUGGUUGACGUGGCACGACACGAUUCCUUCCUGCAAUGGCCGCAGGCAGCGGGACUACUUCUGUAGAGCAAUCCCAUGUCUCACAUAUAGACGGUUUGUCUCUGUGGCCGAGAAGUUAAGGGGAUGCCUGUGGUUGCGGCCCAUUUCUAGGGGACCUGGAACACGUCGACCCUCCCUUUACGGGAUGCAAGGCGGGAGGGAAGAGUAAGUCUACAGCUGUCCUUACUCGGGCAUCUUACAGGUACCUACCGAGGUAGAUAUCUAGCAAAAAUGAGUAUUCAGGUACACAAUGGC